GCACUUGUGCGGGUUUAUUUUCAGUACAAAAACCGGGCAUUUAUUCUCCAUUUUGCUACCAAUCUCUGUGACUGUUUUGUGCGCGGAGGAUCGAAAUCCAGAGCCUGUAGGCUAGGGUUUUGUUUAUUUUUCGCUCUUUGCGUUUUAUCAAGGGUUCGAAACUCCUGAUUUUUUUAGCAGAUUAGGGUUUCUAGGGUUUCAAGGUUAUUCUGCCAGUGCGGAGCGGCGGUUUUUCACUUUGUUUAAGCCAUGUCGCUGAGGCCGGUUUCCAGGACUGAGGUCCGUAGGAAGAAUUACAAGGUUGCCGUCGAUGCAGAUGAAGCGCGGCGGAAGCGUGAGGAUAAUAUGGUGGAGAUCAGGAAGAAUAAGAGGGAGGAAAGCUUGCUGAAGAAGAGAAGAGAAGGCAUGCAGGCGCAGCAGUUUGCUCCUGCUGUACAGUCGUCGGCCGUCGAGAAGAAAUUGGAGAGCCUUCCUGCUAUGGUAGCUGGAGUAUGGUCUGAUGAUCCUAGUUUGCAGCUUGAAGCAACAACUCAAUUCCGGAAGCUACUAUCAAUUGAACGUAGUCCUCCCAUAGAGGAAGUUAUUGAGGCGGGUGUGGUCCCACGUUUUGUGGAGUUUCUGACAAGGCAGGACUUUCCUCAACUUCAGUUUGAGGCAGCCUGGGCAUUGACAAAUAUAGCUUCAGGCACAUCUGAUCAUACUCGAGUAGUCAUUGACCAUGGAGCAGUACCAAUUUUUGUACAGCUCCUGAGUUCUCCAAGUGAUGAUGUUCGGGAGCAGGCUGUCUGGGCAUUGGGUAACGUGGCUGGUGACUCCCCCAAGUGCAGAGAUCUAGUUCUUUCCCAUGGUGCUCUCAUGCCACUUCUCGCUCAACUGAAUGAACAUGCUAAGCUUUCAAUGUUGAGAAAUGCAACAUGGACAUUGUCUAAUUUUUGCCGAGGCAAACCACAACCAGCUUUUGAGCAAACAAAGCCAGCCCUACCUGCACUUGAGCGGCUCAUUCAUUCAAAUGAUGAAGAAGUUUUGACAGAUGCUUGCUGGGCUCUGUCUUAUCUCUCCGAUGGGACAAAUGAUAAAAUUCAAGCUGUGAUUGAGGCUGGUGUCUGUCGCAGGCUUGUUGAGCUCCUGCUGCAUCCCUCUCCAUCUGUCCUUAUUCCAGCUCUCCGAACGGUGGGCAAUAUUGUAACUGGUGAUGAUUUGCAGACUCAGUACAUAAUCAACAACCAAGCACUCCCUUGCUUGUUAGCUCUGUUAACCCAUAAUCACAAGAAGAGUAUCAAGAAGGAAGCUUGCUGGACCAUUUCAAACAUAACUGCAGGAAACAAAGAACAGAUUCAGGCUGUGAUCGAUGCAAACAUUAUUCCUCCACUUGUUCAGCUCCUUCAAACUGCUGAAUUUGAUAUUAAGAAAGAAGCAGCAUGGGCCAUAUCAAAUGCAACUUCUGGUGGUACACAUGAACAGAUCAAGUAUCUGGUUAAUCAAGGAUGUAUUAAGCCUCUGUGUGAUCUUUUAGUUUGUCCAGAUCCAAGGAUUAUUACUGUGUGUCUUGAAGGACUCGAGAAUAUUUUGAAAGUUGGAGAAGCUGAGAAGGACCUUGGUAAUACAGGAGGUGUGAAUCUAUACGCCCAGUAUAUUGAUGAUGCUGAAGGACUUGAGAAGAUUGAGAACUUGCAAAGUCAUGAUAACAAUGAGAUUUAUGAGAAAGCAGUAAAAAUAUUAGAAACAUACUGGCUGGAAGAUGAAGAAGAUGAUCAAGCAUUACCUGCUGGAAGUGAUGUUGCUCAACCAACAUUCAACUUUGGUGCUAAUCAACCAACAGUGCCAUCUGGUGGAUUCAACUUUGGUUGAGAAGGGAUUUGAGCUGUUGAAAUUUGGGGGGAGGCUAUGCUAUGGGUGUUAAGAACGGCCGUUUCCAAUAUCUCUUAUCUAUGUGGAGUCCGUUAUUGCAAGGAAAAUGCUUGGUUUUUGGAUGGUGCUGGUGACAGGCUAUUUCUGUUGGUAUGUCAGUCUGACAAUGCUAACCAAAUCAUGCAGACAUGAGCUCCUCGGAAUUAAUGGGUCAGCAGUGUUGGUUUGAUAGUACAGUUCUCAUGCUGUACUAUGGUCUUUGUCCAUAAGCUGUGUUAAAGUUGCAAUAAUUAGAUAAAUGGACUGUCUGACGAGCCACCAUUUGUCCUUAAGAGCUCUGUAACAGAGCUUUUUGUUGUCUGUGUCAUGUGCCAUGCUAUUGGCAUUUGGGCAAUCACUUUGACAGGUCUCAAGGGUCAUACUAACACUGGUUAUGCAUGCAUUGUAUUCAUUGCAUCAAGAAAGUGGGUCGUCAUGUUAUGUAUAUGACACUUACCGGUCAGUCUUGUGGCCACUCGGAAAAUGGCCUACGUCUAAUCUUGGGUUUCAGGACAAUCCUGAAACUAUAAAAUGCAUGCCUAUCAUGCAUCUUCAUUCUCUAGGAAUUUUGCCUGGAGACUUUUUGGACCAUAAACUUUUUUAAGUUGAAGUUCAAUUUUUUACUAACUUCCAUCUCUCUUCCUCUUCCUGAAUGUGUCAAUCUGUGCAUUUGCAGUUGCACCAUCGUCUUCUUGGAGUCAGUUUAAAGGGAUUUCCUACUUAUUUUUUUUCACUUUAGUAGUUUCCUCUCUUUCCUGUCGCCAGUUCUCAUCCUAUUUAGGUUGCUAUACGCCUUUUUUGGACAGUUCUAUAUCAGUCUCCAAAUGUUUUUUGGGACUAUUUUGUCAAUUGCUGAUUAUCUAGUAAUGAAUUGAAAGUUUACUAGUAAUGAUCAUAUAUUUUAAAGACAUUGGGAAUUUGUUUUGAAAAUAUUAUAUAAGAUGAGGCCUGAGAAUUGUGUUCAUACAAAGGUUGCUAGUUCUACAGUCGAAUGUUUGCUUAGAACAUAUUUUGUGUUCCUGAAUUUCUUUUGGAAAUAUUAGAUAUUUCGAGAUCUUGAUACUUAAUAUUUUCUUAUAUUACAAUGGUAAUGUCACUUAUUGCAUGGUGA